AUGUCGUUGGCUGGUGUGCAUUCAACUAGCAUUUCCAUGAUCGCUGUGAACACCGCAUUACAAACUACAGCACCACAUCCUGUAACUGCACACCAUUCUGCAGUUGCUCAAAUGGUCUUGGGAAUCGAUGAAUUGCUAAACAUGAUUCUACAGAAUGCUGAUAUGUCUACAAUAAAGGCAUGUGUGCGCUGCUGUCGGAGAUGGCGGGCAAUUGGCAAGCCAUCACUAUGGAAGCAACUCGUUUUAACCACUUGUGGUCAAGAUCGGCCUAAAGGAUUUUUACAAAAAAUAAUUCGCAAAGCCGAAAAUCGUAUAUAUCUUGAUCUAGACAGCUUGGGAACAAUACAGUCAAUUCCCAAAAAGUUUCUUCAAACUUAUCCAGACACGCUUUGCUAUGUCCGUCAUAUCCAACUCGACUUGGCCAUGCCAUACAAUCGAUCAUCAUCGUUCCGUGACUUGUCUCACUUUCUUGGUCAGAUAUACAUUGUGGGUAUUUUAAUCUCACUGUGUCCUCAGCUUCGAUCACUUGAUGUCCGUGUUGGUCUGUCAUACAAACACAUGUUGACUACACAUCCGCAUAGUGAAACAACUCGAAUGAUCUUGACAAAUCAAACCACUUUGGAAGAUGCACUCAUUCCUGCCUCAGUUGAGCCAGCAACAAGAGCCUAUAAUCCUUAUAGUUCAUCAGAUGACAUUUUUGACGAGGCAGACGAGGAAAGUAUCAUCAAAAAUGUAUCAUACGUGCUGAUGCCAGCUAUUCGUAUACUAGAUGUAUCGAUCCAAAAAUGCAAUUUCCAAUAUGCAGUGGAUGUUGCAUGGUCAUUGAAUUUCCCAUUUUCCAAACCAUCACAAAUUAUCAUGUCUGCUGUGAUGACUACAUCUACUUUGAACGAUGCCAACGAUUUUGUAGAGCCACCACACCAUAUGGAUGGCAAUACGACCUUCAAUCAAAUGCCCAGUCUAGCAUUGAGUUCAGAUCUUUCUGAAAUGCCCAUUUCUUCUGUCAUUGCAUUCCCAACGCAGUCGCGGUUUACAGCACGGAUUUCCAGAUUCGACAUGCUGGAUGCAUCAUUAACCAAUCCAGCUCACCUCGCCAAUCUAUUAAAGCAACUUGUUUUCCUUGAAUCAUUUUCCAUUACAAAUGCAAGCAUGCCAACCACAGUCAUUUCAAUGCUUGAACGUCAUGCAUCCACUCUUCGCUUGCUUGCACUAAAGUCGCUCACCAUUUUUGACGAUACAACCUUUUUCAAUUCAUUUCUGACAAAAUCCAGUCGUCUCGAAAAGUUGGAUAUAUCAGGCUCACUCCACACCCCUUCAGCAAUCAUGUUUAAAGUAGAAAUAUACCCAUUAACCAUGCAAACUGGAUUUGCAUGUACAAAUCUACGAUCACUCAAUGUGAACUAUAUCCCGCAUCUUGGAAAUGAUUUUUUCUCCUGUCUAGGAAAGAGCUGCAAGAUGUUGCAGGAUUUAUCAUGCAGACACAACCCUCAUGUGACUGAUGGGGUAUUGUCAAGACUUGCUAAUGAAUGUCGAUUUCUUCGUCGACUAGAUCUCAACGGCUGCGUAUCAGUGACAAUCGAGGGAAUUACUUUAUUGGAAAAAGCAGCUUUACUCUGUCUGGAAUCCGUUGCGAUUGAAGAUAUUCCAAGAGUGUUGAAUGCUCAAUCAAAAGACCCAAAAUCAAUCUACAAAGAAACCCAGAUCGAUAUCAUCGACGCCAUUGUGGAUCUGGCCAUGGCGUCGCCAAAACUAUAUCGGGUCGAGUUUGGCAGGCCACGCAGAGGAUUCAACCCGAGUAUGUGUUCGUUGUGGAUUCUUCAACAUUUAUAUUGCAAGAUCCACUGUGAUUGCAUAACCCAGAGGAUUAAAGAGCAGUUUAAGCAGAUUCCUCAGCGCAACGAGCACAUCAAGAGCAUGGUUGCGAUGCUCUACAAAGAGUAUCAACAUGCAUUGGAAUAUAGAAAACAUAAGCUUGGAUCAGACGAUGAAUCUGACGACUACGUCUCGGAAGACGAGCCAUCUGUGCAUGGCAGACACUUGGGAUUCUCUAGUCUAUUUGCUCCCAAAGGCUCAAGAAAGGACGACGAACCAACCUGGAGAGAACAGCUGUCAUACAAACUGGACAGUUCUCAUCUAGCAAGAUGGUGGGAUCUCGUUGAUUCUGUGUUCAACAUGGCAUUUGUUGCAGUUUAUAUCACCAUGACUAGCUAUACUAUGGGCAGCAGGAAUCAAAUCCCUCCUCCACCCCCUCCUCCGCAGAUUCUCGAAGAUGUUGAUUUUGUCAUUGCAUUGCUGCUGUUUUUGCAAUGGGCUCCUAGACAGUACAUCUCUCUGGAUCCAAUUAAAGCUUUCUCGUCCAUGCUGACCCUAUUUUCUCUCUCGACAACCCUGCCUGUGAUCUGGGCAUAUCUCUGGCAGGAGCGAUACGAAAACUCGUUUCUAGAAGGCGGCUUGUUUGUGUUUCUGUAUCCAUUAAGAUUCUGGCGAUUGCAUAUUUCCAUUAGCAGAUGUCUAAGACCUGGAAAAAAUGUCUUGUUUCGGAUCUCUCCUAUCCUUCAAAAGACGCUUAAUAUUGGUUUAUCCAUCUUCAAUACACUGUUUACCGUGACCGCAUGGGUUCACAUCUGUCUCUAUAUCAUUCAAAAAUACUAUGAUCUCAGUUUCUUUGAUGUGUUUUACACUAUUGCCGUAAGUUCUACAAGCGGUCUGAGCACUAACAUUGUCCCAGACAACUUUUUUAGUCGAAUAAUCACUCUCUACGUCAUGAUUGUUGGCGCCAUUUUCAUCCCUACAUCUCUCUCGGAUCUCAUUAUGCUCAUUCGUAGCAAAAGCAAGUACGAUAGGCGCUAUAGUCAAUCAUCAAAUCAAAACCAUGUUCUCCUUGUUGGUCAUUUUGAUGUAGCCAACUUGCGUGAUUUUUUUAGAGAGUUUUUCUGUGAAGACCACGGCCAUAAGACAAUGAAUACGCAGAUUGUUAUGCUUAAUCCCGAGGAACCGAAUGAGGAGCUACAAGCACUUUUGACCGAUCCAAUCUAUAGUAGUCGUACUCAGUAUGUCAAGGGAAGUGCCAUGUCGUUUCAUAGUCUACACAAGGUUAGUGCUAGUCAUGCCGAAGCUGCAUUUAUUUUAUCAAGCAGAAACCGCGACGCCGAUCCUGUCGAAGAAGAUGCAAAAAGUGUCAUGCGUGCAUUGGCAUUGAGAAAAUACCACGAUUCACUCAAAGUGUUUGCUCAAAUUUUGCUUCCAGGAAACAAAACCCAUCUGGUUCACUUGGCUGACCAUACCCUUUGUAUUGACGAAUUUAUGAUGGGAAUGCUGGCUCAGAACAGUCUUGCUCCAGGAUUUUCAACCUUUAUGUAUUUGAUAACAACAUCUAUUCCUGAUCGCGCUAUAAGCAAUUUGAAACUUGACAACCAAUCUCAAUGGGUUCAAGAGUAUUUUGCAGGCGCAAGAAUGGAGCUCUACGCUGUUAAACUUUCUGCUAAAUGCUAUGCUGGUGUAAAGUUUUCUGCUGCGGUUGCACAAAUUUAUAAAGAGCAUCAUGCAGUCAUGUUUGCACUGGGGUUUGAGGACUGCGAGGAUGAUGAUGGGGAAGCUACGAAUACGAAAUCUGGGCGGGAUCCUAAGCACAAUAUUGUAUUCAAUCCAUUAAAUUAUGUGUUGAGGGGUGGUGAGAUGGCAUAUAUACUGACCACGCAUAGUCACAUUGCCUCAAAGAUUGCUUCAAAUGGGCUGUUAUGGAGUUCUGAGAGUUGGACUGGAGAGGGCGUUUUAAAUUUGAAUGACGAAACUACGCAUUCAGAUUCGGACACUGGGGAUCAUACUGUAGCUGGCUCGAAUAUGACUCCGAAUGAGGUUGAUCAAUGGGUAAAAACUUACUUGGCUGAGCUAGAUCGCGUGCGACAGCUUGAGGAACAAGCUGCUGCUGUAGCUACAGAAGCGACUAAUCAUGUUGAGGCUGUCCAAGCACCGCAAUCCGUAUCAUUUGAUCCAUCCUGUGGCAUUUCUCCACCGGAAGAUUUAAACGGCCGUAGAUCGAUGAGUUUUGGUAGCGAUGCGGAUCCUAGCACAUCGGUUUCUUUGACUUCGCCACUCUUUGGUAAUUUUAUUUCAAGAAACUCUAUAGUUGAACAUGAUGAUAGUCAGGAAAGAUCGUUUGGUUCCAGCAGCUCGUUGUUGCAAAAUUAUGAACGAAACAGUAAGAAACGCGUCAAGGCCAUUGAUGAGUUGAUUGUUCUUGGAAACGGUCAAAAAGAUGGACCAGUGGAUGUGGAGGAAGAGGCACCUACAGCCGAGCAAGUGCUAAGUAAUAUUUCUAACCCUAUUCUACCAGAAAUUCAGCCCAAGAUUGACACUCUGGUAUCUGAAGAUGAUCCGGUAGAGAGUGUUACGGAUCACUUUAGUCAAUCCCCUGCUCCCUUGUCAUCGCCACUUAAAACGGCUACAAACGAGAAAAAAAAGCGGUUGUUUUCUCGCAUAUUCGCUGGAGCUUCAUUGGGACAAUCAAAUGGCUCCAGCUCUACUAAACCCUUGAAAAUCACUGCUUCAACUGAUUCUGAAAGCAUCAGCGCAUAUGCUAGCAAUGACCUUCAAAGCGCACUGUCAGAUACUGAAUUGGUGACGCCAAAAGCAUCUGUAUUAUCAAAUAUUGCAACCCCUAUUCCACCAAAUGCGGUCCGGCCAUUAUCCGCUCAAACGCCUUUAACACCACGUCAAUCAACUCCAACAGCAUCGCAAGUUCCAAACGCUUCUCCUACCGUGGAAGUAGGAUCCGUUCCAGCAACACUUACAGGUCACCUUCUUCUCUGCUCACUCGCAGAAUCGUUUCCAAAAAAUCUAGCUUAUUUUGUUGCUCCUUUUCGCCAUAAAGAUCAUAAAUGUCCGAUUGUUCUCCUUUGCUCUGGCCCACCUUCAGAUGAAGAGUGGGAAAUUUUAUCAGCGUUUCGCAACAUAUACUAUAUCGUUGGUACACCAUUGCUUCGAAAGGAUUUACGCAAAGCAUUGGUACAGCAUGCAUCUCGUGCAAUUGUUUUGGUCAAUCCUAGUCAACAAAGCAUAUUAGACCGAUCUGCCGAUGCACCCGCGCUGCUUUCCUUGCUAAAUAUUCAGGCAAUGUGUGCAUCUUCUUCAAAAACGCCAAAGGCGUUGUCCACAAAUCAAUCUAGCCCGUCUAAUAACCAGGAACAGACCAAUGCACAGGCAUUUGCGCGGGUUUCCAAAAUUCCUCGACCACCAAGUAAUUUGGUAAACAAGGGAGCUGUUCAGUAUGCUUCUACAGCGAUACCUGUUACAUCAGCUAUUCCAGAUACUCGUACCACACCAUCACAGAAGCUAUUUAUCAUGGUCGAGUUUGUUCAUCGAGAAAAUAUGAAGUUUGUUGGAGCAUCAAACAGCGUUUCCCCAUCAUCGAACCUACCCCAUCCACAGACGGGAUCUGGUAGCGAUGUGAAUGACAUUCACGGACAAAACAUGAUUCCGGCAUUUGUGGGUGGACAUGUUUUUUCUCAAAGCUUGUUUCACUCGAUUCUCUGCCAAACGUAUUAUAACGAAUAUCUUUUACGUGUACUGAAGAUGUUUUUGUUCAAUGGAACAACGGCGACGACCAAAGUUCCUGUAGGGUUUGCCAGUGAUGGGAUGCAAGGGUCGAUGUAUGGCGGAAUGGGGCAGACGGCUCAGUCAUCGUUUGAGCAGCUUGGUCUAACUGAUGAUCAAAUUGCAAUGCAUGACUCGGACAACCACGGAAACUUUUACCAAGUUCAUAUGCCGUCAGAUGGCAGAUUCUCUGGCUUGCUGUAUGGAUCAUUCUUUGGGUACAUUGUGAUGCGAUAUGGUGCAAUACCAUUAGGAUUGUAUCGUCGCACGGUUGAUCGAGGCACCACUUACACCGGGUCGAGUGCAUUUGGAAAUAGCCGGGAAACUAAAUUCAAACGGAAUAGGACACCUCAAGUUGUCAAGUACGUGCUUGUAAAUCCUGCUCCAGAUAUUGUUAUCCAUCGAGAUGACUCAGUGUUUUUACUUGCAUCAAAACGACCCAAUUGGGAUUCUUGA